UCACAUCUCUACUGCUAAACUUUGCCCCUAAAUGUACUGGUCACAUGAUUGUGACAUCAUCACAGGUCCUACACCUCCAGCAUGUAGCAGAUACAGAGCAGGUCCUGGUGGGGCAGUCACUGCUGUUGUGUUGUGUGUGGAGAUCUCUCAGAGCAGCAGCCCCUGAUCAUGUGACUCCUCCUCCAUGUGACUGAUCACAUGACGGUGACAUCAUCGCAGGUCCUGUAAGCACACGGCUCCUCUACAGAUACAGGUUUCUCCAAUCCAGGAUCCUCUGCUGAUAUCUUCUAUAUAAGAGACUUCUCCUGGAUGACCCAUCAACCAUGGAGAGAGACAGGAACAAGAUGGCCGACAGGAUCAUAAACCUCACCCUACAGAUACUCUUCCGGCUUACUGGAGAGGAUUACACAGUAGUGAAGAAGUCCUCUAGUGGGCGCUGUCGGGCCCCUGUGUGUGAAGGAUGGGGAAGAACCCUGAGCCCAAUCCCGGGGCCCCCACCUCACUCCCUGAUACAUGAGGAAAUGGAUGAACAGAAGAUCCUAGAACUCAUCAACAAGAUGAUGGAGCUGCUGACUGGAGAGGUUCCUAUAAGGUGUCAGGACGUGGCGGUCUAUUUCUCCAUGGAGGAGUGGGAGUAUGUAGAAGGACACAAGGAUCAGUACAAGGAUCAGGUCAUGAUGGAGGAUCAGCAGCCCCUCACAUCACCAGUCAGAGCCAAUAGGAGAACAGCACCAGAGAGGUGUCCCCGUCCUCUUCUUCCACAGGAUGAUCAGGGUCAAGAUCUGAACAAUAUUAAUGCUCCAGAGACAGAUGUGAGUGGUGAUGAGCAGUAUAAGGAGGACAUUCCAACAGGAAAAGAUCUGAACAAUAUUAAGGCUACAGAUUUGAAGGAGGAAGAGACAGAUGUGAGCGGUGAUGAGCAGAAUAAGGAGGACAUUCCGACAGGAAAAGAUCUGAACAAUAUUAAGGCGACAGAUAUGAAGGAGGAAGAGACAGAUGUGAGCGGUAAUGAGCAGAAUAAGGAGGACAUUCCGACAGGAAAAGAUCUGAACAAUAUUAAUGCUACAGAUAGUGAGGAAGAAGAAGAGACAGAUGUGAGCGGUGAUGAGCAGUAUAAGGAGGACGUUCCUACAGGUAACCGCCCAGAUUCUUGUACCAGGAGAUCAGAGGAGAAUCUUAUAUCUUCAGAUUAUAAAGCAGAUGAUGAUAUCACACAAGAUACAUAUGAAGAACAUUCCAUUAUCCCAGAUACACCCUCAGCCCUUCACAGCCAAGAUCUGUCAUCUCAUCCUUAUAUACAGGUCCUGUCUUCUCAGUCAUCACAGGAUGUUCAGCAAAAAAACGGUCACAGAAGGGGUGAUGGACAUCAACGAGCUCAUACAGUAAAGAAACCAUUUUCAUGUUCAGAAUGUGGGAAAUGUUUUACUUCUAAAUCAAGUCUUGUUAAACAUAAACAAACUCAUACAGGGGAGAAACUAUAUUCAUGUUCAGAAUGUGGAAAAUGUUUUACUGUGAAGCCACAUCUUGUUAAACAUAAAAGAACUCACACAGGGGAGAAACCAUUUUCAUGUUCAGAAUGUGGAAAAUGUUUUACUCAGAAAUCAAAUCUUGUUCAACAUCACAUAACUCACACAGGGGAGAAGCCAUUUUCAUGUUCAGAAUGUGGAAAAUGUUUUACUAAGAAAUCACAUCUUGUUGGACAUCACAGAACUCACACAGGGGAGAAGCCAUUUUCAUGUCCAGAAUGCGGGAAAUGUUUUACUAUGAAAUCACAUCUUGUUGAACAUCACAGAACUCACACAGGGGAGAAGCCAUUUUCAUGUCCAGAAUGCGGGAAAUGUUUUACUAUGAAAUCACAUCUUGUUGAACAUCACAGAACUCACACAGGGGAGAAGCCAUUUUCAUGUCCAGAAUGUGGGAAAUGUUUUACUAGGAAAUCAACUCUUGUUAGUCAUCAAAGAACUUGCAAAAGCAAUAAGCCAUUUUUAUGUACAGAAUGUGGAAAAUCUUUUACUGAGGAAUCACAUCUUGUUGAACAUCACAGAACUCACACAGGAGAGAAGCCAUUUUUAUGUUCAGAAUGUGGGAAAAGUUUUACUCAGCAACAUCAGCUUGUUAGGCAUCACAGAACUCACACAGGGGAGAAGCCAUUUUAAUGUCCAGAAUGUGGGAAAUGUUUCGCUAUGAAAUCAAAUCUUGUUAGGCAUCAAAGAACUCACAAAGGCAAGAAUCCAUGGGAAUUCCGUGAACACCAGGAAUCCUCCUCAGCAACACUCCGGAGGCCGGCCUACACUAACUCCAGACUGCUGGGGCAAGAAAACCUCCCCCAAAGGACUCUCCUGGAUGACCCAUCAACCAUGGAGAGAGACAGGAACAAGAUGGCCGACAGGAUCAUAAACCUCACCCUACAGAUACUCUUCCGGCUUACUGGAGAGGAUUACACAGUAGUGAAGAAGUCCUCUAGUGGAAGAACCCUGAGCCCAAUCCCGGGGCCCCCACCUCACUCCCUGAUACAUGAGGAAAUGGAUGAACAGAAGAUCCUAGAACUCAUCAACAAGAUGAUGGAGCUGCUGACUGGAGAGGUUCCUAUAAGGUGUCAGGACGUGGCGGUCUAUUUCUCCAUGGAGGAGUGGGAGUAUGUAGAAGGACACAAGGAUCAGUACAAGGAUCAGGUCAUGAUGGAGGAUCAGCAGCCCCUCACAUCACCAGUCAGAUCCAGUAAGAGAACAGCACCAGAGAGGUGUCCCCGUCCUCUUCUUCCACAGGAUGAUCAGGGAGAAGAUCUGAACAAUAUUAAUGCUCCAGAGACAGAUGUGAGCAGUGAUGAGCAGUGUAAGAAGGACAUUCCUACAGGGAGGGAUCUGAUCUAUAUUAAUGUUAAAGACAUAAAGGAAGAAGAGACAGAUGUGAGCAGUGAUGAGCAGUAUAAGGAGGACAUUCCUACAGGAAACAAUCUAAACUAUAUUAAUGCUACAGACAUAAAAGUAGAAGAAGAGGCAGAUGUGAGCGGUGAUAAGCAGUAUAAGGAGGACAUUCCUACAAGUAACCACCCCGAUUCUUGUAGCAGGAGAUCAGAGGAGAAUCUUAUAUCUUCAGAUUAUAAAGCAGAUGAUGAUAUCACACAAGAUACAUAUGAAGAACAUUCCAUUAUCCCAGAUACACCCUCAGCCCUUCACAGCCAAGAUCUGUCAUCUCAUCCUUAUAUACAGGUCCUGUCUUCUCAGUCAUCACAGAAAGGUCACAGAAGGGGUGUUGGACAUCAACGAGCUCAUACAGGAAAGAAACCAUAUUCAUGCUCAGAAUGUGGGACAUGUUUUACUUUUAAAUCAGGUCUUGUUCAACAUCAAAGAAUUCACACAGGAGAGAAGCCAUUUUCAUGUUCAGUAUGUGGGAAAUGUUUUACUCAGAAAUCAGACCUUGUUGUACAUCAAAGAACUCACACAGGGGAGAAGCCAUAUUCAUGUUCAGAAUGUGGGAAAUGUUUUAGUGUUCAAUCACAUCUUGUUCCACAUAAAAGAACUCACACAGGAGAGAAGCCAUUUUCAUGUGUAGAAUGUGGGAAAUGUUUUACUGCGAAAUCAACACUUAAAUAUCAUCUAAGAACUCACACAGGAGAGAAGCCAAUUCAGAUCAAGAAAGUGUCCAGGACAAUUAAAGACAUGGGAUCUAUGCAGAGUUACUGCAACAUGAGUCCGCUCAGCGUACAAAAGGGAAGAGAACGACUCCAGGAAGACAUCACCUGUUUGCCCGGAAGUCCCAAAGAUUCCAGUUACACUAAUACUUUCGAAAAAUAUUAUUGCAGCCGAGAAGAAGAAGAGACAGAUGUGAGCAGUGAUGAGCAGUAUAAGGAGGACAUUCCUACAGGUAACCGCCCAGAUUCUUGUACCAGGAGAUCAGAGGAGAAUCUUAUAUCUUCAGAUUAUAAAGCAGAUGAUGAUAUCACACAAGAUACAUAUGAAGAACAUUCCAUUAUCCCAGAUACACCCUCAGCCCUUCACAGCCAAGAUCUGUCAUCUCAUCCUUAUAUACAGGUCCUGUCUUCUCAGUCAUCACAGGAUGUUCAGCAAAAAAAACGUCACAGAAGGGGUGUUGGACAUCAUCAAGCUCAUACAGGAAAGAAAACAUAUUCAUGCUCAGAAUGUGGGAAAUGUUUUACUAAGAAAUCACAUCUUGCUGGACAUCGAAGAACUCACACAGGAGAGAAGCCAUUUUCAUGCUCAGAAUGUGGGAAAUGUUUUACUUUUAAAUCAAAUCUUGUUGUACAUCAGAGAACUCACAAAGGAGAGAAGCCAUUUUCAUUUUCAGAAUGUGGGAAGUGUUUUACUCGGAAACCAAAUCAUAUUGAACAUCAAAGAACUCACACAGAAGAGAAGCCAUUUUCAUGUUCAGAAUGUGGGAAGUGUUUUACUCGGAAACCAAAUCUUAUUGAACAUCAAAGAAUUCACACAGAAGAGAAGCCAUUUUCAUGCUCAGAAUGUGGGAAAUGUUUUACUUUUAAAUCAAGCCUUGUUGUACAUCAAAGAACUCACACAGGAGAGAAGCCAUUUUCAUGUGCAGAAUGUAGGAAAUGUUUUACUGAGAAAUCAAGUCUUGUUGUACAUCAAAGAACUCACACAGGGGAGAAGCCAUUUUUAUGUUCAGAAUGUGGGAAAUGUUUUACGUUAAAAUCAAGUCUUGUUAAACAUCAGAGAACUCACACAGGAGAGAAAGACCACGUGUCCCGAGCUGCCUCCAGGGCCCGAGUUGGCAGACCUCAACAGGCCGAGCAUCAUAUACCGCACACUGGGGAAAAGCCAUUGUCAUGUUUAGAGUGUGGGAAAUGUUUUACUUAUAAAUCAAAACUUGUUAGACAUCAAGGAACUCACAGAGGAGAAAAGCCAUUUUCAUGUUCAGAAUGUGGAAAAUGGUUUACUGAGAAAUCAAGUCUUCUUCUACAUCAAAGAACUCACACAGGAGAGAAGCUAUUUUCAUGCUCAGAAUGUAGAAAAUGUUUUACUCAGCAAUCACAUCUUGUUGCACAUCAAAGAACUCACACAGGGGAGAAGCCAUUUUUAUGUUCAGAAUGUGGAAAAUGUUUUACUAAUAAAUCGCAACUUGUUAAUCAUCAAAGAACUCACACAGGAGAGAAGCCAUUUUCAUGUGCAGAGUGUGGGAAAUCUUUUACUGACAAAUCAAGUCUUGUUAAUCAUCAAAUAACUCACACAGGGGAGAAGCCAUUUUCAUGUGCAGAGUGUGGAAAAUGUUUUACUUAUAAAUCAGAACUUGUUAGACAUCAAAGAACUCACACAGGAGAGAAGCCAUUUUCAUGUUCAGAAUGUGGAAAAUGUUUUAAUCAGCAAUCACAACUUGUUAAACAUCAAAUAACUCACACAGGAGAGAAGCCAUUUUCAUGUUCAGAAUGUAGAAAAUGUUUUACUCAGAAAUCACAUCUUGUUAAACAUCAAAGAACUCACACAGGGGAGAAGCCAUUUUCAUGUGCAGAGUGUGGGAAAUGUUUUACUGAGAAAUCAAGUCUUGUUAACCAUAAACUAACUCACACAGGGGAGAAACCAUAUUCAUGUUCAGAAUGUGGGAAAUGUUUUUCUCGAAAAUCAAGACUUGUUAAACAUGAAAAAACUCACACAGAGGAGAAGCCAUUUUAAUGUGCAGAGUGUGGGAUAUGUUUUACUGUGAAAUCUGAUCUUCUUAAACGAAGAACUCACACAGGUGAGAAGGCAUUUUCAUGUGCAGAAUGUAGGAAAUGUUUUACUGAGAAAUCAAGUCUUUGUAAACAAACUCACACAGGGGUAAAACCCUAUUCAUGUUCAGAAUGUGGGAAAUGUUUUUCUCACAAAUCAAGUUUUAAACAUGAAAGAACUGUUCAAGACCUUGAGCCCCAAUGUAUUUCUAUUUAUUUAUUCAUUUAUUUUGUCACCUUGGGUAUAGGUGUCUUAAUUGGGCAGCCCAGGUCACAUGGUCGCUUGAGUGACAAGAGCCUCUCCAAAUCUAUUGCGAAUUCUUCAGUCCUGAUCCAAUCAGACAAUCUAGUCUCAGUGUACUACAUCCAGAAGGAAGGUGGGACAAGGUCUGCAGCUUUACAGAAGGAAUGCAGCAAGAUAAUGUCCUGGGCAGAACAACAGGGCAUCUCCCUGAUGGCGCUUCAUAUAAAAGGAACGCUAAAUUCUCAAGCAGACUGGUUGAGCCGACAGGUUAGAUCCCAACGAAUGGGAAUUAAAUCCCAAGUACUUUACUCAGAUAACCCACAGAUGAGGAUUACCCAAAUGGGACGUGAUGGCCACGAGAUGCAACAGAAAACUACAGAAGUUCUGCUCAAGGUAUCGCACAGAUCUCCCGGACCAUCUGGAUGCUUUCACCAUGAGCUGGAAAGAUCGGUUCAUUUAUCUCUUCCCUCCAAUUCCGUUAAUCAGCAGAGUACUGAACAAGAUUAUUCUGGACAGCCCCUCAGUCCUGUUAAUUGCACCUUUUUGGCCCCGGAGGGCUUGGUUUCCUCUAUUGUUUCGUCUCUCGAAGGGAGAAUAUUGGAAGCUACCUCUAGAGGAAGAUCUUCUGUUACAGAAAGGGCUAUUUCAUCAACAUCUGGACAGAUUGCAUCUGACUCUCUGGAUUUUGAGAGGGAGAAAUUCAGACAGAAAGGUUUAUCUGAAGAAGUUAUAGAAACCUUGUUAGCAGCCAGAAGACCAUCCACUAACCUACUGUAUGCUAAGCUUUGGAGGAAAUUUGUCUCCUGGAAGGAACAGAAGGGUCUGACAGAGAAUUCUGUGUCUAUUAUUCUUCGGUUUUUACAAGAAGGAUAUCUAAAGGGUUUGAAACCAAAUACUCUCCGUGUUCAUGUCACGGCAAUCAACGCUUAUACUGAUGGAAAAUUUAUGGGUCAACCCCUUAUCGCAAGAUUUUUCAAAGCGCUGAGAAAAUUAAGACCUACGGUUAAACCUCCGGUUUCUUCUUGGGACUUAUCACUGGUAUUGUCUAGACUGUCGAUUCCUCCCUUUGAGCCAUUACAGGAUGCAGAAAUGAAGUGGUUAUCCUUUAAGGUGCUCUUUUUAGUCGCCAUCACAUCUGCCAAGAGGCUGGGGGAAUUACAAGCCCUAUCAGCGAAUCCUCCAUACACUAAGUUUACUCCGGAUGGAGUUCUUCUCAGGACAAUACCUUCAUUUAUUCCCAAGGUAGCUUCGGUACAAAACAUCAAUAGAGAAAUAUUCCUUCCUACCUUCCUACCAUCUGAAAAUUCUCCUCUGGAUGUCAGAACUGCUCUCUUAAUCUAUCUACAAAGAGUGAAGUCUUUCAGAAUUGAUGAGAAUCUUUUUAUUCAAUUCUCCGGUGUAAGGAAAGGAAAGAAAGCCGCUAAAGAUACCUUGUCAAGAUGGAUCAAAUCGGUAAUUGUGGAAUGUUACAAGUUGGAAGAUAAGGAACCCCCUUUUCAGAUUAGAGCACAUUCCACAAGAGCCACAGCUACCUCUUGGGCAGAGAGGGCACAAGUUCCCCUGACAGAUAUAUGUGAUGCAGCUUCAUGGUCAUAG